AUGUCGCAAACAGCCCUCCCGGAACUGAGCUACACGCCGGGCGAUCUGACGGAGGUGCAGUUCCGGUUGCCCUCGCACCAGCUGCUCCUCGACCAGAAGACCGAGGGCAAUCUGCCCGAUCUGAGUGGCCUCACCUUGGACACCCGGGACACGCAGCCCAUUAAGUACAGGGAGCAGCUAAGUUCAGCGGCUGGUCGUCAGUUUCCCGCCUUGGCAGCGGCCCAGCAUCGCUACUCGGAUCACUUGGAGCGGGGCAGCGAGCUCAGUUUUGCGGUCUUGGAGCCCGGCAAGGAUCUCAUCUCCCUGCCGACGGUGGGUGUGGGUGGUGUGCGGAACCUCGACUCUGAGCCGGAUUUGAUCAGGAAGAUGCCGCUGCACUCGAUCACCGAGAAGCCGAACGAGCGGUGCCCCUCGCCGGUGGUGCCGGCCUAUGCCAACUUCGAGCUGGCCAAGCGGAUGCACCAGGACAACCUGGACCACCAGCCGCUGCCCGACUGCGUCGCGGACUUGGCCUUUCGCCGGGCUCAGAUCUCCGGCGGACAUGCCGGCCUGGCCCUGGACAUCGAUCCCAUUGCCACGGGCGUGGGCGUGAAGACCCACAAUGCGGGGCCGACGCACUGCACCAAGAUGAAGGUGUUCCGCCCGAAGACGGGCGGUGGCAUUGUGCCGCGCGCCCUGGGCCACGGCGAUCCCUUUCGGGGCGUCGGCUCGGCGCCGGCCAAGAAAAUGGGUCCCAUGGAUCUGGCCAUUUGCUGGGACUUCAAGCCCGCCAAUCCCGCCGACGAGCCGCGGCUGGCCAGGCACAUAGAUGGCUCCAAUGACUCCGCCGGACCGGCGGUCUUCACCUGCGUGAAAACGCCGCGCGAGGAGCAAUCCUCGGAUCUGGGACGCUCCGCUGGGGUCUUCACCAGCACGCUGGGCGAGGCGGAUUUCUUUGACAAGGAUAUCCUGCGGAAGAGGACGGAUUUCGGCGGUGCUCGCUUGGAUCGCGAGGAUCCGUGUGCCUGCGAUUAUUCACCGCCUUCGAGGCAGCGGGCACGCAGCGUCUCCCGGGACUCGAGUGCCUCGCACUGCAGGCGAGGAUCUGGCCCGGGAGGACCAAAUGGCGGCGUGAGCUUCGGCAAUCUGGCGGAGCUACCCGGGCGCGGAAUGCCCGAUCGUCUGGCCAAGCAGUAUCAAUCGUCGCCCCUGCUGGGCGACAAGGCCUAUCAGGCGCUGAGGGAGAAGUACUUGGGCCCGGAUUCUGGACAGGAUGCCUGCCAGCCGAUGGACUGCCGGCCAACGGGAGGGCCGCCCUGCAAGCGGGAUGUCCUGCUGCGCCGACCGGCUCGUCGACUCUGCCACAAGGUGGCCCCGGCACCGCGCUGCUGUCCGCCGUCCUUCGGAGGAGGACAUGGUCAUGGUCAUGGUCAUGGUCAUUGCCUGACCAGCAAGGCGGCCUUUCGAGCCGGCGUGCCCAAGCACAAUGCCUCCGGGGAUUUCGUGGGCAUUGAGCCGGGCUGCGGAGGAGGAGGCGGAGGCGGAAGGGUCCUGGUGGUGCCACGCCCCCGCCAGCCGUAUGCCAAGAAGAACUACGACAUCGAGACCCUGGUGCCGCCGUUCCAGAGCCAGGCCGGCGGAGCCGGACAGGGCGGCUAUCCGGAGCACUGGCGACUGGCCAGUGUCUAUCAGCACGCCUACAAGCCGAUCGACCAGCGAAGGCGACCCCUCCUGCAAACAGUCUACAAGUAG